AUGGCGGACGGAGGGGAAGCAGCGGGCCAGCAGGAAGAGGCAGCGGUUGGCGGGCCGCGGCGGGACAAAGGGCCCCGGGCUAAUGCCCGGCCACCCACGGCCCGGGACUUACAGUUGGCUUUGGCUGGGUUAUAUGAAGAUGAAGUUAAAGGCAAGUUAUCCCAUUCUGACAGACCACCAGCUACAGUGGUCGGUAACCCAAGAGUACCAGUUCAGAGUCUAAAAAUUGACUCCUUCAGAAGCUUGAGAAAACCAGAAAGAAGCAUGAGUGAUGACAAAGAAAACCAAAGAUUUUACUCAGGUGACUCAGAAUAUAGCGGACUACAGAUUGUUGGGCCUUCUAAUAAGAAUCCCCGUAAAAUUGUUGGUGAACUUUUCAAAGAGGCGAAAGAACAUGGGGCAGUUCCACUGGAUGAAGCCGCAAGAGCCUCAGGUGAUUUUAGUAAAGCUAAAUCAUUUUCAGGUGGCGGAUACAGAUUGGGUGACUCAUCCCGGAAGCGCUCUGAAUAUAUAUAUGGAGAAAAUCAGAAUGGGCAAGAUGUUCAAAUUUUGCUUAAACUGUGGAGGAAUGGUUUCAGUUUAGAUGAUGGAGAGUUGAGAACUUACACAGACCCAACAAAUGCUCAGUUUCUUGAGUCUGUUAAAAGAGGAGAGAUUCCUUUGGAACUUCAACGGUUGGUGCAUGGUGGCCAAGUUAACUUGGAUAUGGAAGACCACCAAGAACAGGAAUAUGAAAAGCCUAGACUGAAAUUCAAAGCUUUCAGUGGAGAAGGACAAAAGCUUGGAAGCCUCACACCUGAAAUUGUCAGUACACCUUCUUCCCCAGAAGAAGAGGAUAAAUCCAUUCUUAAUGCAACUGUUCUGAUUGAUGACUCCAUUGCAACAACUAAAAUUCAGAUUAGGCUAGCGGAUGGAAGCCGUUUGAUACAAAGAUUCAAUCAAACACACAGGAUUAUGGAUAUUCGAGACUUUAUUAUCCAGUCCCAUCCUGCAUUUGCAGCAGCUGACUUUGUUCUUGUGACUACAUUUCCAAAUAAAGAGCUAACAGAUGAAAGUCUGACACUACAAGAAGCAGAUAUACUUAACACUGUGAUUCUUCAACAACUAAAGUAA